GGCCACAGAAGGCGCUAGGAAAAUCACGGAGCCGGGACCUUACCACACUCUCUCUCCUUCCCCUCUCUCUCUCUCUCCCUCUCUCUCUCUCUCUCUCUCUCUCUCUCUUCAAGCUGCGUGGACGACUUGUUUCUCCGCGCACGUCCUUCCCAGAAAUGCGAGUAAAGGAGCGAGGACGCCUGGCGUGUGCAUGACUGAGUGCAGUGCGUAAAAAAGAAAAAACGGACAACGGCAGGACGCCGCAAGGAGGGAGGAUUACAGGAGGGGAAUAUUUCCACGCGCCGCCGAGAAGCCAUCCACCAAGCCAGACAAGCCGACCGGGAGGGACGCGUUCUUUUUUUUCUGUGACCGGGAAUGGCGACGCUGUGAACGGGAAGAAUGCACCGUGACGCACCCGAGUUGGUUUGAUUCCACUCACCGGCGAGGAGGCGUCCGAAUGAGCGUCAAACUCUAAGAAAGUCCACCCGGAGAACAUCCUCAUCAUCGUCAUCGCUGCGAGUUUGAAGGACUUCUUCAGAAUAUCCCACUCCUCCCUCCUCCUUCUUCGUCUUCUUCUUGUUUUAUUCCAAACUCUCCCAAGUCCAAGCCCACGUCCACACUUGGUUGCAAAGCACUUGGAUGAACUUCCUGAUGAGAGAUCCAGUCAUCCAGGGCUCGAGUAUGGCAUAUCAUCCGUUUAUACCUCACCGGGGUCCGGACUUUGCCAUGAGCGCCAUGCUGGGCCACCAGCCGCCCUUCUUCCCCGCCCUGGCGCUGCCUCCCAGCGGCUCGCUCUCGCUGCCGGGCGCCUUGGGCAAGCCGAUCAUGGAUCAGCUGAUGGGAGGAGCGGCGGACUCCGGGCUGCACUUCUCCUCGCUGGGCCACCAGGCAGCCGCAGCAGCCGCAGCAGCCGCGCACCUCCGGCCUCUGAAGAGCCUGGAGCCCGAGGAGGAGGUGGAGGACGACCCGAAAGUCCACCUGGAAGCCAAGGAGCUGUGGGAGCUCUUCCACAAGAGGGGCACCGAAAUGGUGAUCACCAAAUCUGGAAGGAGGAUGUUCCCCCCCUUCAAAGUGAGGUGCACAGGCCUGGACAAGAAGGCCAAAUACAUCCUCCUCAUGGACAUCGUGGCAGCCGACGACUGCAGGUACAAGUUCCACAACUCCCGCUGGAUGGUGGCGGGCAAGGCGGACCCGGAGAUGCCAAAGAGGAUGUACAUCCACCCGGACAGCCCCGCCACCGGGGAGCAGUGGAUGUCCAAAGUGGUCAACUUCCAUAAGCUCAAGCUGACCAAUAACAUCUCCGACAAGCAUGGAUUUGUAAGUUCUACUAAUACUAUACUGAACUCCAUGCACAAAUAUCAGCCUCGCUUUCACAUCGUUAGGGCCAACGACAUCCUCAAGCUGCCCUACAGCACCUUUAGGACCUACGUGUUCCCGGAGACAGACUUCAUUGCAGUGACUGCUUAUCAGAACGACAAGAUAACUCAGCUUAAAAUUGACCACAACCCUUUUGCCAAAGGCUUCCGUGACACAGGCAACGGCCGGCGGGAAAAGAGGAAACAGUUGGCCCUGCAGUCCAUUCGCUCCUACGAGGAGCAGCAGAAGAAGGAGAACGGAGCUUCAGACGACUCCUCGGGAGAGCAGGCCCCCUUUAAAUGCUUCGGCCAGGCCUCCUCCCCCGCCGUGUCGACCGUGGGCCCCCCACACCUGAAAGACUUCUGUGACAGCGACGACGACAGCGACGACGAGAGCAAAGAUGGACACGUCAAAGACGGCCCGGACUCCAGCAAGAUCUCCACCACGACGGAGGACGGCAAAGACCCCGAAGCCAGCCCGGUGAAGAGUCACCUGUUCGGCGGAGGAGGCGGCGACCCCAUCGGGCGAAACCGCGACGGCAGCCCGAGGACUGAGCGAGGCCGGGCGGACUCCCGUCAGAGCCCCAUCACUGUCAUCUCCAGCACCACUCGCUCCGGGGAAGACGUGAAGAGUCCCAGUUUGGAGCCGGCCAAGGAGGACGAUUGCCGGCAGUUGGGCAAGGACUCCUUCGUGCCUUUGACUGUGCAGACCGAGGGUGCCCACAUGGGCCACGGCCACUUGCCCAACUUCGGAUUUCCGGGCGGGCUGACGGGACAGCAGUUUUUCAACCACUUAGGGGGCGCGCACCCCUUUCUCCUCCACCCGAGUCAGUUCAACAUGGGGGGCGCCUUCUCGAAUAUGGCCGCGGGCAUGGGACCCCUACUGGCCGCCGUGUCUACGGGAGGGGUGAGCAGCAUGGACACCAGCAGCAUGGCCUCCUCCCCACAGAGCUUGGCUGGCGCUCCGGGCCUGCCCUUCCAUCUGCAGCAGCACGUCUUGGCCUCGCAGGGUCUGGCCAUGUCGCCCUUUGGAAGUCUCUUCCCCUAUCCCUACACGUACAUGGCGGCAGCCGCAGCAGCAUCAUCCGCCGCCGCCGCAGCCGCCUCAUCCUCCUCAUCGUCCUCUUCAGUGCACCGGCACCCCUUCCUGAACGCGGUGCGCCCCCGACUCAGGUACAACCCCUACUCCCUCCCUAUGACGGUACCGGACAGCACCCUCCUCACCACGGCCACCAUGCCCUCCCUGGCCCCCGGCGGGGCAGACCUAAAGGGGGACGUCCUGAUCCCGUCCAGCCCCGUGUCGGCAGGCGGGGUCACGCUGGACUCCACGUCGGAGGUGACGAGUCGCACAAGUCGCUCGGUGUCACCCAAAAUUUGCACGGAGAAAGAGGGUGCUAGUGAGCUGCAGAGCAUCCAACGCCUGGUCAGUGGACUGGACUCGCACCAGGACAGGUCAAGAAGCGGGUCGCCUUAAGGGGGACGCCCCCCCUUGACUCAACUACACUUUUUAGUUACUAUCUUCAUUUUCAAGGCGUCCCAAAUGUUGGAAAGUGUCUCCGAUGAUGAGCAGGAGGACUUCACAGAUGAAUGCAGGUUUUUAAAGGAAAAAAAAACAUGGAAUUGUUUUAAUUUCUGAAAUGCACUUUGGUUUAAAUACACAUCUGUAUUUUGUUCUUGUUUUAAAUUAAACAACACUUAACCUGUCAUUUUGAAUACCAUACAAGUAUUGAAAGUGAAAAGUGGUCAUGAGACAAUUUUUUUUUUAAGUUGCUGCUGUCUCCUAACUUCACACACACACACACACACACAGACACACAACAAAAUGUUUGUUUUAUGUACUUCCCAAUAUGCACUCUGAAUUUACACACCAUUUCCACUACGGCUAAACAUAACCUACCUUGAAGAGACUGCUGUAUUUGUUGUACAAUCCAUUGACUAAUUGGCCUGGUAAUGUUGCAUGCCCUUUAUCUCCUCCAUUGGCAACUUCAUAACAAACCCAACACUUAACUUUUCUAAAGUUUUAUUUCUUUUUUUUUUUUUACAAAAAUAAUAACAUCUGCUUAAUUGGAUUAUGAAUAUUUUUUUUUAGCUUUUUAAAUCUGGAUAAGAACAAAACUUAUAAAAUUCAAAAUAUUAAAAAAAUACAUCUCUUUAAUUGGAAAUAUAUAUAUUUUAAAUCUUUUUAAUUCUGGGCAAAAAAAAAGGCCAUGAUGUUCAACAGGCAAAGGGAAGCAGACAAUUCAAAAUAUAAAAAAAUUUAAAAAGGUAGUAUUGACUCUACAUGUACAUAUGGAAAUAUAAAAUAUUUAUGUAUAAUUAUUUCAUAUUGUGUGUAAAUAAAAAAGUAGUUUGUCCUAGGGUUCUGUUCUGUUAAUUUAUUGUCAAUAUAUCUGUGUAAUAAUAAUAAUAAUAAUAAUAAUAAUAGUUUGUGGGCUAUUAUCCUUUUUUGUUGCCAUCUACAUUUAUAACUUCAUUCUUCUUUUUUAAAAAAAAACUUAAAAUAUGGAUUUUAUUCCUCCCUUAAUAUCCACUCUGCUAGUUAUUCACACUCAUGUGCCAUUGUAUUUUUCACUUGUUGUCCUGAGUGUGUGUGUGUGCGCGCGCGUGUGUGUGUGUGUGUGUGUGUGUGUGUGUGUGCGUGAGAGUGUGUGAAGUGCUACUGUUCUCAAUGCGACAACGAACGCACCGCACCAAUGGCUUGAAAACCUUUUUUUUAAUAACUUUUUUUUUUAGAAAAGCAAAACAAGUGUUUAAGUAGGAGAAAAUAAAAAGUGGAUUUUUUUUCCUCUUAUGGAAAUUUGUAAACCUGGUCGUUACAAGUGCCGCAUAAUCUCUAAAGAAAAUAUGAAGGUUUCGUUUGUUUGUGUUUCUUAUCUUUGGGUUGUAUCGGAUUUCUGUCUAGUUUACAACAACGUGUUCUUGAAAGUUUCAAUAAAACAU